UGGGUACCUAGGAUAAAACUCGAUAAUUUUGACUGAUGUACGAUAUAUAUUUUAGAUCGAUCUGGCAACGCUGAUUAAUUUUGAUCUCUUUAACAAGGGGCGUAAUCUCAUUGGCUGGAUCUGCUGGAUGCUGGAUUAAUUUAAUUUUGACAAUGAUGACAAUUCUAAAGUAGUUGAAUGAAAAUAAAUUAAUUAUAUAAAAUAUUUGUAUAAAUUUGUACGUUUUUUAUUGAUUAUUGAUUGCUUCUAUAUAUCUAGGUAGAAACAGAGGUAAUGCCAUUUCAUUAUCUGUAUAAUGAUAAAAUUAUGAAUAAAUAAAGGAUUACUAGAAUCACUUUGUAGUGAUUUACAUAGAUAAAUAUUUGGAAACGAAAUUAAUCAUUGAUGAUCUGUGGUAUUGAUUGCAAGUUAUUACAAACUCAUGAUGUUUAGGAACGUGCAGAAAAUUUUGGGUCAAGGAAAGCGUCAUUUUUCUGUUACAACUAUUAAAAAUGACAAAUUCAGUUGUAAACUGCUGGUAGUGGGCGGUGGCGCUGGAGGAUGUGCAACAGCAGCAAAAUUUUCCAAAGUUCUAAAUAAAAAUGACCUAAUCGUUUUGGAACCCAGCGAAUAUCAUUAUUAUCAACCACUUUUCACCCUUGUCGGGGCAGGCAUUAAAAAUCUAGAAGAUUCGAGAAGAAAAGAAAAAGAUGUUCUGCCGAAAAACUGCACUUGGGUCAAAGAUAAAGCUGCGGAAUAUGAUCCAGAAAAAAAUAGAGUUUACACUGAAAAAGGGCAUACCAUCGAGUAUGAUUAUUUAUUGGUGGCCGUCGGUUUAGAGCUGAGGUACGACAAGAUUCCAGGUUUAUUAGAAGCCUUAGAAACACCAACUAACGUAUGUUCCGUAUAUUCACCAAAAUACGCCAGUCACACAUACGAAGUAUUAAAAAAAUUAUCGUCCGGACAUGCUGUCUUUACUUUCCCGAAUACCACUCUGAAGUGUCCAGGGGCGCCACAAAAAAUUUGUUACCUUACAGAGCAUUAUUUAAGAAAGCAUAAUCGACGAAAUAACGUACAAGUAACUUACAACACUACCUUACCUGUAAUUUUCGGCGUUAAAGCUUACGCCGACGUACUUUGGAAAAUUUGCCAAGAACGAGACAUUAAUGUUAAUGUAAGAACCAGCUUAGUAAAAGUUGAUGCAGAAAAGAAUGAAGCUGUAUUUGAGAAUCUCGACAAUCCUGAAGAGAAAAAAACUGUACAAUUCUCUAUGCUUCACGUGACUCCACCAAUGGCGUCUCCUGAAAGUUUAAGCAAAAAUAAACAACUUACCAACGCUUUGGGUUUUGUUGACGUUGAUAAACAUAAUUUGCAACAUGUCAGGUAUAAAAAUGUAUUCGCUAUUGGCGACUGUGGGUCUACAACAAAUGCAAAAACAGCCGCAGCAGCAGCUGCACAGACAAACGUGGUUUACCAACAUUUGAGUGCCGUGAUGAAAGGUGCUCCUGCUCCUCAAAUUGCAUAUGAUGGAUAUGGUUCAUGCCCUCUAGUAACAGGAGGCAAUAAAGCCAUUUUGGCCGAAUUCGAUUAUGAUUUUGUUCCAUUGGAAACGUUUCCAUUCAAUCAAGCAAAAGAAAUGUACUCCAUAUAUUAUCUAAAGAAAAAUUUCAUGCCUUCGUUGUACUGGCAUUUAAUGCUGAAUGGGUACUGGAAUGGACCGGGUCUUUUCAGGAAAAUUAUGCAUUUUGGUUUGAAUAAAAAGUGAUAGAAUGUGUAAUGUUGAAAGUAAUAAUGAUUAUGAGAUUAAAAUUAAUAUAAUGCUUGUUUAAUUUUUGUUUGGUGGAAUUUUAUGAAUAUAUAUAUUUAUAUUUUGAA